GGGACGCGGGCACAGCAACGCGGGGCUAGGCUCGGGUCAACUCGGUUAAACCCUCCGCGGCUCCCGGUCCCUGGAAAGGUGGCUUAUUCGGUUUGAUGGUUUGUUAGAGGCAGUUUCCCCCCACCCGCCCUGCCAGGAAGCCCAAAGCGCAGAGAUAUUUCUUCAUUUCUUCUUCCACCUGCCGCUGGCUGCCCGAACGCAACUGCUCAAACUCGGCAGCGCUCAGCCCCCCGCACGCUCACGGCUCCCUUCCUGCGGGCGGGGGCUGCCGACACCGGAUUUGGGCUCCUUCCCUCUCCUCAUAGAUACUUGUGCAAAUGCUUAAACACUGCUAAUUGCCGAAGCAUAUUACCUUACAACCCUCGCUGGAGGAGGUAGGACCGCAGAGGGUCGUGCCCGACGCCUGUGUGCAAGUGCAGUGAUGAAUCUCUUGUGUAGCUGAAGUGCAGACCAGUUGGAAUAUGCUGCAGACAAUUUACGAGAGUGAAUCGUGUUUUUCCUCAGAUGGGGUUUCUGGACGUGAACAGCUCUUGGCUCAGCAAAGAAUGCACAGUAUGAUCAGCUCAGUGGAUGUGAAGUCAGAGGUUCCCGUGGGCCUGGAGCCUAUCUCACCGUUAGACCUGCGGACGGAUCUCAGGAUGAUGGUUCCCAUGGUGGACCCGAUUAUGCGUGAAAAGCAGCUACAGCAGGAGCUGCUCCUGAUCCAGCAGCAGCAGCAAAUACAAAAACAACUGCUCAUUGCAGAGUUCCAGAAGCAGCAUGAAAACCUGACCCGCCAGCAUCAGGCCCAGCUCCAGGAGCACAUUAAGGAACUCCUAGCCAUUAAACAACAACAAGAACUCCUUGAAAAAGAGCAGAAACUGGAGCAGCAAAGACAGGAGCAGGAACUGGAGAGGCAUCGCAGGGAGCAACAGCUUCCUCCCCUCCGAGGCAAAGAAAGAGGACGAGAAAGGGCAGUGGCCAGCACAGAAGUGAAGCAGAAACUUCAAGAGUUCCUGUUAAGUAAAUCAGCUACAAAAGACUCUCCAGCAAAUGGGAAGAAUCAUUCCAUGAGCCGCCACCCCAAGCUCUGGUACACGGCUGCCCACCAUACCUCACUGGAUCAAAGCUCUCCACCCCUGAGUGGGGCCUCGCCACCAUACAAAUACACUUUACCAGGAGCACAGGAUGCUAAGGAUGAUUUUCCACUUCGUAAAACGGCUUCAGAGCCCAAUUUGAAGGUACGUUCAAGAUUAAAACAAAAGGUGACAGAAAGAAGAAGCAGUCCAUUACUCAGGAGGAAGGAUGGAAAUGUCAGUUCAUUCAAGAAGCGUCUUUUUGAGGUGACAGAAUCCUCAGUCAGUAGCAGCUCCCCUGGAUCAGGUCCCAGUUCCCCAAGCAAUGGUCCGACCAGCAGUACAACAGAAAAUGAAACCUCCGUUUUGCCAUCUAAUAUUCAAGCUGAGCACCUGGUUUCUCAGCAACGCCUUUUGAUACAGGAUGAAUCAGUGAACUUGUUGAGUCUGUACACAUCCCCUUCUCUGCCCAACAUUACCUUGGGACUUCCAGCAAUACAACCUCAAAUCAGUGCUUCGUCGUCAUUCAAAGAAAAGCAGAAGGGGGAGACCCCGUCACUGAGACAAGGAGUGGCCUUGGCUGGACAGUAUGGAGGAAACAUUCCUCCAUCAUCAACUCAUCCUCACAUUGCUUUGGAGGGAAAGCCAAACAGCAGCCACCAAGCUCUCUUGCAGCAUCUGUUACUGAAAGAACAAAUGAGACAGCAAAAACUUCUUGUGACUGGAGCGGUUCCUCUUCAUCCACAGUCUCCUUUAGCAGCAAAGGAGAGAGUCUCACCUGGCAUAAGAGCUGCCCACAAACUGCCUCGUCACAGGCCACUGAACAGAACCCAGUCAGCUCCUCUUCCUCAGAGUACUUUGGCCCAGCUGGUCAUCCAGCAGCAACAUCAGCAAUUUUUGGAGAAGCAGAAACAGUACCAGCAGCAGAUCCACAUGAAUAAGAUGCUCUCUAAGUCCAUUGAGCAGCUCAAGCAGCCUGGCAGUCACCUGGAGGAAGCUGAAGAAGAGCUUCAUGGAGAUCACUCGAUGCAGGAAGAGCGAGCUCCCGCCGAUGGUGCCAGCGUUAGGGCUGAGAGCAGCAGUGCUGGUGUGGAUGACAGAAUAGGACAGCAGGUGGGGGCUGUGAAAGUCAAAGAGGAGCCACUGGACAGUGAUGAGGAUGUUCAAACCCAGCAAAUGGAAUCUGGGGAGCAAGCUGCUUGUAUGCAACAGGUAAUAGGCAAAGAUUUAGCUCCAGGAUUUGUAAUUAAGGUUAUUAUCUGAACAUCACAUGCGUUUUCUAGGCUCUGAUAAGCAAUUGUGUUUUGAUUCACUGAGCUAGCAAAUCCUGAUUUACUGUUCAAAGAAUUUAACAAAUUCAGAAGUGUUGUAUAUACACUUGAAAACAUAGUGAAGCUCAUCCUUAUGCCCACUAAUUGAGAAAAUAUCUGUUGCAGUCAAUUAUUCUACUUAAAUCUUUGAGUAAUAGCUGAUAGAUGUUGUAUUAGCCCAGAAUUACCUUACAUCACUUAGUCCUAGUGAAAGAGACCUCAUAUCACCUAGUCUGUUGAAAUCAGCAAUUGAUGGAAUUAGUUUCCAGACCUGAUUGAUGAAACGUUCUUCUGAUUUUGAAUCCUUUGACUUCUGCUUUCAGCUAUCUGUAUAUAUUGUAUCAUACUGUAGUCUUGAACACUGUUUAUGUUAGGGUAUUCUUUUUCCCAGUAGACAGGUACUGACUGCUAUCUUGGUGGUCUCAGGCUGGUGUAUAAAGUUUAAUUUAGAGAAAAGUACAAGGUGGAUAUAAAGAGGCGAGGCAAGGCACUGUUUUAAAAUUGCAUUGUUUUCUUUUUUGCACUGCUUGGUUAAUUUUUCAUUCUGUCUUAUUUGAUGAUAAUGUCCGCAGAGACAUCCUUAAAUGCAGCAGAUGCAAGUACUGGUGAGAAGCAAAACGCAGCAUUAGGUUCCAGUCAGUUAUUAGGACAUUGUGCGAAAAGCACAGAGAUGUUAUCAUCAUCAUCUGAUAUCCGAUCACUUGUUUGUUUGGUUUUUUUUUUUAAAUGAAGACUAAUUGUACAAUAUCUCAUAACCUUUACUGUGGAGUCUCAUGGGCAAAUCCUAAAAUAACAACUGUGCAUCAAAUGCCACCUUGACAAAAGGCAGGUUCAGCUUGUCUGGGAGCUUCAGGCGGAGUUGCAAGGCGCAGUGGUGUGCGCAGCCCGCGAGCUGCAUCCCGCUCCAUCCCUCACAGCCGGCAGAGCAAGGCUGGGUGCAGUGCAAGGCCCUGUUUAUUUAAGCCCAUACUUUGUCAGGUCCCUGCUGUUCUCCUGCAGAAAAGUGAUUUUGGGAGGGGGGGCAGGAAAUGCCUUAUGGAAACAGGAAGCCCAAGUGAUUCAUGUGCUGAGGAAUGCGGGGCAGGGGGGACGGGGCAGCACUCCCUCUGUUUUUAAAGGCACUCUAUGAAUUGAUUUAUUGUCAAAGAAAAUAACAAAACGAGUAGGGAAAUUGUUAAGGAAGCUUUCCAGUGAAACAUUUCCUUCAUAUUCCCUUUUGAUAUGUUUACCUUGUUUUAUAGGUUUACUUUUGUUAAGCUAGUUAAAGAUUCAUUGUAUUAAGAUCCCCUUUAAUAUGGAUAAUCCCAAACUGACCUGGACUUCUUGUCAGGCUUUUUUCUCUAUUAAAAAUAUUUAUAUUUCUAAAGCUGAGGUAUUUUAAGGUGCAGUAUCCGGUUUCAAAAGAGAUAGUUGUUUUGCCAAAUGUAGAAAUUGUUCUAAAAUAUGUUAUUAGCAUGUGUUGUUUACAUUAUGUUCUAAUACUAUUCAUUCUCUUCGAAAAUGUUGCAACUUCUAAAGAUACAUUAUCCUUUUUCCUAGAAGGUCUCCAAAGAAAUGACUAAAUAGUUGUUGUUAACAUAAAAGGCCUCAAUAGGUAGAAAAAGAUUUAUUUAAGAAAAACACAGGUGAUUUUUAUGUGUGCUUCAUAUUUGAACAGAAAUCUUUCUCCAUCCUGGGUGAAAAAAAAUAAUAUUUACAUUCAAAAAGUGAAGGCUAUAAAAAUUAAAUUAUAUGUGUUUUCCAUUUUGUAUAUUUUUAAUUUCCUUUGAAAUCUGACUUCAGCUUCAUCAAAAAGGGAUAGUGCAUCUUUUAAAAUACAUUUGGGGAGAAAUUUGCAAUUGAGAAGAGUUUUGUACAAUAUCACUCCAAAGAUGUGUAUGAACAGAAGACAAGAGAUAUUUUUAUAAUGUCAUUCAGGUGAGAAACCCCAAUACAUUAGUGUACUUUAAUUUCAGAAUCUUUCAAAUUUGGAUAAAAUUAAAAAAAGAGAAUCUACCUGGAACCAGUGAAAAGGAAAACUGGGUUUAAACAACCACAUUUCUAAUUGAUUGUCUCUUACAUUUUAAAUCUACUGUAUUUAUUAUAAUUUACACCCUUAGAGGUGAUCUUGUUUUGUGUUGUAAAUAUAUUCUGUUUGUAUGUUCCCUUUUUUUGCCUUCUGAUAUAAGUCUCUUCCUUUCUCAAAUAAAGUUUUUUUUUAAAA